ACUCCUCCCACAGUGCUACGCAAGGCAGCGCUCCUCACAAAUCUCACCACGUUCCGAUGGAGUGGGGUUUGCAUGUCUGUUUCGAGGGAUUGAGUCAAAACAAGCUCUGAAAAAAACGGGGCUCAGUUUCCCUAAUGUCCUCCUUCAAAUUAAUUAGUGAUGAGAGUGGCUGAUGCUCUGAGUGUAUUUCUGUGAGGGAUAAAGGACGACAGUUUUAGGCUCUUGUAGUCAGCUGCUGGUGUAAAAGUGCAAUCCGUUGGUUCAUCUGUGACUGAACUCGAGCCAGACCGAUGUCUCUCGGAGAUUCCAUCACUAUCGCCGACCUCAUGCAAGGAUUUUGGUAGGCCCACAUCUCUGGAGGGUACAUGCAAGCUGUGUCGAGGAAGAAGCAACACCGGGACGUCCAUAGAGUUGGAGACUUCCGGGCCUGUAUUCAUAAAGCUUUUCAAGAUGUGCUCUGGACUGGCUGUGAUUUCUCCUCCUCAUGCUCGAUGGCAGACGAAGACAGCCGCUCUGUCCACGUGAGCUUUGAUCACAAAGAGAUGGCUCUGAUCCACAGCUAAACCUGAUCCACUGCUCUCCUGUCUCUCUGACCGUCCCCUCUCCUCUGUUUUCCUCUUCUCGUCAACCUCCCUCACCAUGGCCUGCUUGUUGGUGUCAGUGUUCCUCCUGGUUCUCCAGACUUAUGCUGCCCCAUCAGAGUUUGUUCAGAGCCUGGAUCUGGGCCCUGGACUCACUGCCAACGUCACUCUGUCUCCACCCCCGGGGACUAGCAAACAUGCCCCCCACAGCAUCAUCAUUGGGGUGCGCAAGGGGGGGACACGCGCCCUGCUGGAGAUGCUAGAUAUCCACCCUGAGGUCGCUGCCGCUGCCACAGAGGUGCACUUCUUCGACUGGGACGAGAACUACGCCAAGGGCUUUGACUGGUACCGUGAGCUGAUGCCCUAUUCCUACCCGCACCAGAUCACAGUGGAGAAGACGCCAGGCUAUUUCACCUCUUCCCUGGCGCCAGAGCGCAUCCGUGCCAUGAACUCCUCCAUCAAGCUGCUGCUGAUCCUGCGGGACCCAACUGAACGCGUCGUCUCAGACUACACCCAGGUCUACUUCAACCGCCUGGAGAACCACAAGCCAGUGCAGGCCAUUGAGAAUCUGCUGGUGCGCAGCGGAGCUCUCAACACCCGCUACAAGGCCAUCCAGCGUAGCUUCUACGACGUGCAUAUGCGGAACUGGCUGCGCCACUUCCCUCUGGAGCAGAUCCACAUCGUUGAUGGGGACACUUUGAUCCGGGACCCCCUUCCCGAGCUGCAGAAAGUAGAGCGUUUCCUCAACCUGCCCCCCAGGAUAAUGUCGUCCAACUUCUACUUCAACCAGACCAAGGGGUUCUUCUGCAUCCGGAGUGAGGGGCGAGAACGCUGCCUGCACGAGUCCAAAGGGCGCCCCCACCCGGCUGUCAACAGUACCGUGCUGCAACAGCUACGCUCCUACCUCCGGGAGCACAAUCGUAACUUCUACCGCCUGGUGAAGCGCUCCUUUGACUGGCAGUAAGGCAGGGCACCCCUCUUCCUAUGUGGACUAGUUCCUCCUGGCCCAGAGAAGACUUAGGAACCAUUGCCCUGUUUAAGGACUGACUGACCAGUAUUAAAGGGGCAAUAGCACUUUACGAACUCUGACACCCAAACACUCCUGUCAAUCGCCUUUUACUCUGCUCUGGUGUCAGCAGCGCAGUUCCACAUUUACAAAAUAAAGCAAGAACUUAAAAUAUAAACUAAACGUGGAAAAAUGGCCAAUCUUGAUAAGUCAUUCUCUGUACUGUACCGAACAAAAGUGACGCAGAUUGUGGCAAAACAAUUUUGUGAACCUGAUGGAUUUUUUUUCUGCUUUGUUUGAUAUUCUUGUACUUGAUAAUAAAUUGUUCUGCUUUAAAAAUGUA